GGGACAUGGACCGAAUUUGACGCGGCGCGGGACGGGUCGAAGGACCAAGCAUGAACGUCCCGGUCUCAGCCGGUUUCAACCGGUCUGUCGUGGCAGCAUGAGCUAAGGGAAGAGCGUAACUACAAACAUUAAAACAGCUUUGCUGUUUAACAUUGUGUGCGAAUAGAACCUGAAAUAAAACGCUCCUUUCACUCGUAAAUAUGACCCGGAAUACCGCUUCAAGUGUGACUCCGUAAAUGUGUGUUAGCUUUAACGUUUUACUAGCAAGUAGACCUAAAUGAUCACCGACUUUUCUGUUAGCAUGCCGAGUGUCUACAGUUAUUAUCGCUGUCUGAUCGGCCGGUGUUGCUUUCGUAUAUGAGGGGAGACGAGUUGCGCUAAACUGCGGGUUGUUUUUGGCAAACCGCUAAGAAUCGUCUGUUUGGGAGCUUUCCGCUGAAUACGUGUUUCUGUAUGGAAGCAACGCUGUGUCACGGCACACGUUGAGUUGGGCUGCUUAUAGCACUUGGCUGCUGAAGGUCAGCGUUUGCUUCCACUACACCGGCUUCCCUCCGUAGGACAGACGGAAGCUAGCUCUGGUUUACGACGGCACGCGCCGGGAUUUUUAUGUCAACAGAAAUGACAAUGUUGGCAGAUCAUCCAGCCAGACAGCUGCUGGACUUUAGCCAAAAACUGGACAUCAACCUGUUGGACCAUGUUGUCAACUCCCUGUACCUGGAUGAUAAAACCCAGCAACAAGUGGCCCAGGAAGUGCUGACCAACCUGAAGGACCAUCCAGAUGCCUGGACGAGGGUCGACACAAUCCUGGAGUUCUCUCAGAGCAUGAUCACUAAAUAUUAUGCGCUGCAGAUUCUGGAAGUAGUCAUCAACACACGGUGGAAGAUUCUCCCUAGAAAUCAGUGUGAAGGAAUCAAGAAGUACGUUGUCGGGCUGAUUAUAAAAACCUCCUCUGAUCCAGCAAACAUGGAGAAACAAGGGAUAUACAUUUCAAAACUCAACAUGAUACUUGUACAGAUCCUGAAGCAAGAAUGGCCGAAACACUGGCCCACCUUCAUCAGUGAUAUUGUAGGAGCCAGUCGGACCAGCGAGAGCCUCUGUCACAACAACAUGAUCAUCCUGAAACUGCUCAGUGAGGAGGUCUUUGAUUUCUCUAGCGGACAGAUGACCCAAGUGAAGGCCAAGCACCUCAAAGACAGCAUGUGCAACGAGUUUUCCCAAAUAUUCCAGCUGUGUCAGUUUGUCCUGGACAACUCCCAGAAUGCACCGCUAGUCCAUGCCACUCUGGAGACACUUCUCCGCUUCCUGAAUUGGAUUCCUUUAGGUUAUGUCUUUGAGACAAAACUCAUCAGCACAUUGGCCAACAAGUUCUUGGAUGUGCCCAUGUUUCGCAAAGUAACACUAAAAUGUCUGACGGAGAUCGCUGGGGUGAGUGUCAACCAGUACGAGGACCAGUUUGUCAGCCUGUUCGCUCUCACCAUGUCGCGGCUAAAAGAGAUGCUUCCUCUCAACACCAACAUCAGAGCAGCCUACGCCAACGGAAAGGAUGAGGAGCAGAAUUUCAUCCAGAACUUGAGCCUGUUCCUCUGCACGUUCCUCAAAGAACAUGGCCAUGUCAUUGAGAAAAGACCGGAACUACGGGAAACGCUCAUGGAGGCCCAGCAAUACAUGCUGUUGGUAUCGGAGGUGGAGGAGACGGAGAUAUUCAAGAUCUGUCUGGAGUACUGGAACCAUCUGACGGCAGAACUGUACAGAGAAAAUCCUUUCUCCACCUCCAGCGCCCCACUGCUGUCUGAUGUCCCCCCUCGCAGACACCUCUACCCACUUGUUCUGUCCCAGGUGCGUUUGUUGACGGUAAGCCGCAUGGCUAAACCAGAGGAGGUGCUGGUGGUGGAGAAUGACCAAGGAGAUGUCGUCAGAGAGUUCAUGAAGGACACAGACUCCAUCAAUCUGUACAAGAAUAUGAGGGAGACUCUUGUCUAUCUGACACAUCUGGACUCCGCUGACACCGAACGCAUCAUGACAGAGAAACUCCACAAGCAAGUCAUCGGCACUGAGUGGUCAUGGAAGAACCUGAACAUGCUCUGCUGGGCCAUUGGCUCCAUCAGCGGAGCGAUGCACGAGAAGGAUGAAAAGCAUUUCCUAGUGACUGUCAUCAAGGACCUUCUGGGCUUAUGUGAGCAGAAACAAGGUAAAGACAACAAGGCCAUCAUAGCAUCAAACAUCAUGUACAUCGUGGGCCAGUAUCCUCGCUUCCUGCGCGCCCACUGGAAGUUCCUCAAGACAGUCGUCAACAAGCUGUUUGAAUUUAUGCACGAGACUCACGACGGCGUGCAGGACAUGGCGUGUGACACCUUCAUCAAGAUCGCUCAGAAGUGCCGGCGUCAGUUUGUCCAGGUUCAGGUGGGAGAAGUGAUGCCCUUCAUUGAUGAGAUCCUGAACCACAUCAAGACAAUCAUCUGUGACCUGCAGCCUCAUCAGGUCCACACAUUUUACGAGGCAGUGGGUUAUAUGAUCGGAGCUCAGACCGACCAGGCAGCCCAAGAGCUUUUGGUAGAGAAGUACAUGCUGCUGCCUAAUCAAGUGUGGGACGGUAUCAUCCAGCAAGCUACCGCGAACGUGGACAUCCUGAAGGACACAGAGACAGUGUGUCAGCUGGGAAUCAUUCUCAAGACUAAUGUCAGUGCCUGCAAAGCUGUGGGUCACUUUUUUGUUGCCCAGCUGGGACGCAUUUACCUGGACAUGCUCAAUGUCUACAAGUGUCUGAGUGAAAACAUCUCCUCAGCGGUCCAGAGCAGCGGUGAGAUGGUGACAAAGCAGCCUCUGAUCAGGAAGAUGAGGAUAGUUAAGAAGGAGACGCUCAAGCUAAUCUCAGGCUGGGUCAGUCGCUCCAACAACCCUCAGAUGGUGGCAGACAACUUUGUACCCCCCCUCCUGGAGGCGGUGCUCAUCGACUACCAAAGGAACGUUCCAGCAGCAAGGGAGCCCGAGGUCCUCAGCAGCAUGGCCGCCAUCGUCAACAAGCUGGGAGUCCACAUCACCGGCAAAAUCCCCAUAAUCUUUGAUGCUGUCUUUGAGUGCACUUUGAACAUGAUCAACAAGGACUUUGAAGAAUUCCCAGAACACAGAACGGAUUUCUUCUACCUCCUUCAAGCCGCCACCUCUCAGUGUUUUCCAGCCUUCCUAACCUUUCCUCCACCUCAGUUCAAGCUGAUUCUGGAUUCCAUCAUUUGGGCCUUCAAGCACACGAUGAGGGAUGUGGCUGACACAGGUCUGCAGAUUCUCUACACCCUCUUGCAGAAUGUGUCAGCAGAGGAAGCAGCAGCUCAGAGCUUCUACCAGACCUACUUCUGUGACGUCCUGCAGCACAUCUUCUCCGUGGUGACGGACACAUCUCACACUGCAGGUCUGACCAUGCAUGCUACCAUCUUGGCCUACAUGUUUAACCUGGUGGAGGAGGGUAAGGUCCGUGUUGCUCUGAGCUCCACCAACCCCGGCAACAACCAGGUGCAUGUCCAGGAGUACACGGCCAACCUGCUGAAGUCGGCCUUCCCACAUCUGCAAAAUGCCCAGGUGAAGGUGUUUGUAACGGGUUUGUUUAGCCUGAACCAUGACAUCCCGGCCUUCAAAGAGCACCUGAGGGACUUCCUGGUGCAGAUCAAGGAGUUUGCUGGUGAGGACGCCUCAGACUUCUUCCUGGAGGAGAGAGAGGCGGCUCUCUGCCAUGCCCAGGAGGAGAAACGGAAGCUUCAGAUGUCAGUGCCGGGCAUCCUCAACCCUCAUGAGGUGCCUGAGGAGAUGUGUGAUUGACGCACCUGCAGCUACCUGCUAGCAAACAAGGCUGAAGAUGCUUCUGGCUGAAAAACUUUUUUCCUUUUAAUUGCGUUUGUGUGUGUUUGAAGAGAGCUGGGGGCGAUGGGAAGGACCCAGCAUAAAGUCAUCGUCAAUAUUUAAAUGAGAAUCCGUUCAGGGCUGUGGUUUCUGUUCUUAUUGUUUUCCACCAACUUAUUUUAUACAAUUAUUUUUCUGUGUGUGAGUGAAAAGCCAUCCGUGGUACCUCUUCCUUGUGGUUCUUUUAUACCUGUAAGAACUGAAUGUUAUUUUUAAUCCCUCUCUACUCACUUCCGCUCUCCUCUUUGUUAAUAUGUAAAAUAUAAAGUUUGCUUAUUUCCAAGUUACCACGAGCACUUUACAGCUUUUUGUUUCUCCCCUUUGCUCCGCCUCCCUGAGUCUCAGGACUUCCGUUACUCUGGUUUGGAUGAGAAGGAAAGCUGUAAACAAUCCAUCCUGUUUGUAAACAAUCCAUCCUGUUGGUAAACAAUCCGUCCUGUU